AUGGCUUGGGUUAUAGUCCCUCUCUUAUGUGCCCUGGUCCCCGAGCUUCGCGCAAAUGAGUCUCCUUAUCCACUUUGGUGCUCUCGACCAGAUGAUCGCGAGACAUACUCCGGUCUGCCUCAGGAACCAUUUCUGCCUCAGGCACCUACGUGGGGAAUCACUUAUCGGCGAAAUUUCCUAGACUUUCCCCUCCACACUACUGUGCGCUUCCCUCCUUGCGUUGGCCACUUUGCAAUUGGGCGAUAA